GGUGUCCGUUAAUAGCGCCUUUACAAAAUUCAAGCAGGCAGGGCUGUGGUGCAUUUAGAAACAUAACGUUUAAAAGUGAUCUUUUUCGUAACUCGCCCAAAUAUCUUGCCAGAUAUUUUGUUUGGUUAAUAAUGUAGAUCACUGCUUUUUUCCCUAUAUUGUACUUUUCCAAAUGAAAUUGUACAUUUGUAGUAGUAGCUUGGCCUAUAGGCCACUUUAUGUUAGUUUGAGAUUUAACGUUUUGCUUGGUUCAUCAGGUUGAACAGGUUUUUGACCUUUUAAAAGCAAGAUUUCUUUUCUAAUAUUUACAAUAUUUCUUAACUUUAUUUGAACUUAUAUGGAUUUUUGUUUAUUUAUUUAAAAUAUAAUAAUGCUGUAUGAUUUUCAUAUAAUUUAUUUGUAGAUUUGUUAGUUUUUUUUUCCGUAUAGUUUUAUAGCAGCUAAAUGUAAUACAGUAAAAUAUGUAAAAUAUCAGAAAGAGGGUAUUAUGUGAUUCAGUGUAAAGUGGUAAGGGUAGGAUAUGUAACCCCGAUUAUGACCACAUUGUCUUAAAAAUAGAACAGAGAUAGAAUGGUUCAUUAUUAAUUAUCAAAAUGCUUUACUGAGAUUAUAAAAAUAUAACUGAAGCAUGCAUGCAGAGAUAUUUGAGAUGGGCUCUUGUCAGUGUGUACAACAGCUGCCGUAUUUGUAAUACUGAGUCACAGCGCUUUGUUCAAUACAAUCUGCAGCUCUUCUCUCAUCUCCCUUCCCUAAGAACCCCUGGAUGUGCCAGUGCCAGGCAGCUGCUGUGUGGACCUCCGGAGACCAGGGGAAUUAUGAGAUUAAGCAUUUUUGAGAUUUGUCAACUUGUCAUCAUGUCAACGCUCUCGGCAGAGACGGGCCCUGAGGAUGUCAACAAUCAGAGCUUCUGGAUGCCAGGGAACUACCACCAGACAGUGAAGAGGACCGAAGACGCGUUCCAGGCGUGUAAUGAUAUAGUGACGUGUUUCCAGGAGAGAGCCAGGGUCGAGAGACAGUACGCACAGCAACUUAGUGAGUGGAGUACCAAGUGGAAACCUCUAGUGGAUGCUAGUCCUCUCUACGGCUCUCUGUUACGAGCCUGGCAGUGCUUCCUCUCUUCUGCUGACCGCCUCUCGUCACUGCACUCCUCCAUCUGUCGUUCUCUGGUGUCAGAGGACGGAGAUCGCAUCCGGACAUGGCAGAAGGAGACUUUCCAUAAGAAGAUAUUUGGAGGUUUCAAGGAGUCCCAGGAUUUUGAAACUGGUUUCUCACGUGCUCAGAAGCCCUGGGCCAAGAGACUGAAGAAGCUAGAGAAGGCUAAGUCAGCGUUUCACAAAGCUUCCCGUAAGGAACACAUGGCUCGUGAGCGGGAGGCCCAUGCCCAAGGCAACCCUGACAUCGCCAUCGAGAAACAGAGGAAGAUCCAGGAGGAGACUGAACUGGCUCACCAGGAGACAGAGAAGGUUCGAGCCCGCUAUGAGAAGGUUCUUGAGGAAGUGACCCGUUAUGCUCCACGCUACAUGGAGGAAAUGGAGUCGAUCUUUGACCAAUCGCAGGAGGAGGAGAGAAAGAGGAUAAGCUUCCUCAAACAGGCUUUCCUGUCCAUCCACAGACACUUGGAUAUCACCAACAACGAGAGUGUAAAAGCAGUGUACAAUGAGCUCCACAACACUCUGAUGUCCAUCAGCGAUCAGGAAGAUUUGCGCUGGUGGAAGAAUACACACGGGCCAGGAAUGCCCACCGACUGGCCUCAGUUUCAGGAGUGGACACCAGACAAGAAGCAUAAAAAGGGAAAGAAGGAGGUGGAGCAGAAAGCAGUAGUGAUGGAGAGAAGUGUAAUGAUUGGAGGAGUGAGAGUCAGAGCUCUUUAUGACUACGCUGGACAGGAGACGGAUGAACUGUCCUUCAAAGCAGGUGAGGAGUUUCUGAAGAUCGAGGAUGAGGAUGAUCAGGGUUGGUGCAGAGGCAUGAUGGACGGAGGGAAAGAGGGCCUUUACCCUGCGAACUACGUGGAGGUGGUAUAAAACCAACAGAACAGCAUCGAGCUCCAGCUCUGGGGUCCAUGAUGCCUACAGAGUGUCCAGGUUUAAGCCUGCUUCACAGCCAUUUUUAUUGAAGACUGCUUUGUUUUCGGUGGACGGAGGGUACACAGGUAAAGGUUUAGAGUUGUAUUGAGUGCGUAAAGUUGGGAUCAGAAUGAGAAAAUGUUUCCAAAGCUCUUUCACUACGAUCUUACUUGAGAACAUAGUAAUGUUAUGUUUGAUUGUGUGUCACAUUGUAGCUUUGAAUCAAAAAUAUGCAGAGAUUUUCAUACGUUAUAAUAUGAUUAGGUAUCAAGAUCCUCUAAUAUAUAAGGAGAAUAUGAACUGCAUUGUCUUGAUGCUUGCAUGAACCUACAGUGUAUUUUAAGGAGAGUGUCUCACACCAAAGAUGUCACCGCUUAUUUACGUUUUAUCAGUGACAUAUUUCUUCUGCCGAGAAUUGCGUUAUAUCUGAUGCCUGUGUAAAAGGGGCCAGAUGUUUAGGAUGUUAUCUACAGCUGCAAAUUUCACGCAAGGUGUUAAUAGGUAUGAUAAUAUGCUAUUUUAUCCGCUUUGGUCGUGCUUGUAAAUGUCACUUGUCUCACAUUUAGUUACACAAAGGCAGUACUAAUCAACACCACUUUUAAAGUGAUAGCCACGGGAUCCAUUAUGGUCUCUUGGUGUGUAUUUCUGUUGUGUUUUAAGAUGUCAGUCUAACCAAAGGAAAUGUAUGCAAAUGAGCACAGUGUUUGUUUGUGCCGUAGUGCGAGUAAAUUACAUUGGAUCAGGGCAGUAUUUUCUGCACCAUCACUAUUCUAAUGCGAAUGCUUGCAGUAUUAAAAGGGAUACAUAUU